AUGGCUCAACCCAAUAUUCGCGUUGCCAUCGUUGGUGGUGGCUUGGGCGGCGCUUCCAUGGCAAAUGCCCUCCUCAACAAACCUCGUCUAGAUGUUCACGUCUACGAAUCCGCCCCUGAAUUUUCCGAGCGCGGCGCCGCCGUAGGUAUCCCUACCCAUGCCAUUGGUGCGCUCGAAGCCAUCAUUCCCUCGGCUAGAGACGUCAUCUUGGAUAAGGCAGGUGCAGUGCCUUCCAACUCGUCCCGAAUAGUGCUGGCAUCCGGUCCCCAUGCCGGUGAAAAGGUGUUCGACAUCCCCUCGAGCGACCAGAAUGUCAUCGUCCACCGAGCUGCCCUUCUCUCCGCCCUCGUCGCGCCACUGCCCAAGGCAGCUCUACAUGUCAACAAGAAGCUCGAGACAGUCAGCGUGCAGGGGAGCAAGAUCAAUUUGGCCUUCUCCGACGGCGCCACAGAGACCUUUGACGCCGUCAUUGGCGCGGACGGCAUAUUUGGAUCCGUUCGCAAGCACGUUCUCCAAGAUGGCGCUUCCCUCCACGCCGCCACUCCAGCGGGGUUCUGGGAUUGCCGAUAUCUGGUGCCGUUCGGAAAAGCCAAGGCGGCGCUUGGCGCCAGAUACUUUACGGAGCAUCGCCAGUAUUGCUGGUGCGGAGGCGGGGCGUUCAUCAUGCACGACGUCCUCGACAACGGUGAAACCGUGCAGUGCGUCGUAUCCGCGGUCGAAAAAGACCAGCCAGAGGACCGCAGCCGGCCGCUGACCCGUGAAAUUCUCGAAAUGGCGCUCAAAAAUUGCCUGGAUGGGCCCAUUGCGAGAAACAUGAUCGAGCUUCUGCUCCAGAGCCCGGAUUUGCGACUGUAUUCUCAGUGGGAACACAAGUCUACGCCUGCUUAUGCCCGCGGUAACGUGUGCAUCAUGGGCGACGCAGCUCAUGCCUCUACUCCCUGGCAGGGUAGCGGUGCCGCAAUGGCAAUUGAGGACGCCGCGGUCCUGGGUGCGCUGCUGGGCGAUGUCGAAAAACCGGAAGAAGUAACUAUCGCGUUCCGGGCAUACGAGCAGGUGCGGCGGUUGCGUUGCCAAAACAUUAUUGACUCGAGCAAAGUCACGGGUCAGAUAAUGUGCUGCCAAGGCCAAGCGGCCUCUGCUGACGCGGACGCAAUGCGUAAGUUGCUGGGCGAACGCUGGGGUUUUAUCACAGGCUUUAAUAUUGUUGAGGAAAUGCAAAAAGCAGUUUCGCGAUUUAACCAGCUGAAAGAAUGA